GUGUGAUGAGCUUGCAAGCGAAAUCACCCCCACCGAGUGGCAGAAAGCGGGUGGAAAAACUCAUCGGACAGCAGGACACCAAAGGCCCAAUAGGAUGGCUGCUGCGACUGCUCAAGUCCAUCAGCACGUUCGUGCUCAUCUUUCUCGAGCAAGGUGCCGUCCACGGGCUAGCACAUUUGGGCAAACCCUUUCUACACAUCCUGGAAAAGCUCUUCUGGUUGGCACUGAUCGUCGUAUCCAUUUAUUUUUCGGUCGUGCUGAGCUUUGUGUCUGUGGAGCGCUACCAAAGCAAAAGUACGGUCGUUGCCAUUGAAAAGGAUCAUUACUACUGGAACACCUCCAUGCCGAGCCUCACAAUCUGUCCGCUCAAACGUAUCUAUCGACCUUACCUACUCAACUACUGCAGUAAAAAUGGCAUUUCCAAGGAGGAAGAUCAAGCCGAGUUGUACGACUUUUUGGAAUCGCUUGCCAACUCAUCGUACUUCAACUUUCAAAACAUUAAGCACAGUGAUAAUGUGGAUAGCAUGCUGGACAUGUUACAGAUAAAGCCGGAAAACUACAUGAUGGUGAUAUACAACCUUACCCGCGAUCUAACCCGCCUGGACGAUACGGAACUGCGUGUCCGCACGCAAAGUAACCUCGAGUACUUACGCACCUAUCAAACACUCACCGAGUACGGUAUCUGCUACACCACCAACAGUUUCAUCUCGUCCAACUUAACGGCCAGUUUGCUGCUGACCGGAAAGCAAACUCCGUUGGACGAUUUUUAUCUGUCCCGUGUCGUGCACAACGUUCGGUACGGGAACCUCUUCGAUGGGGACAUCACGUACAGCUUUAUUGGCUUUGAGCCACCGAUCACGAUCUUUUAUCACAGUCCGUACGAGACGCUUAACAUCGCCAAAUAUCAACCACUGACUAAUGAAGCGCACGAGUACGAAACGUUCUCGAUCGAAAUCGUUACCACGAAAGAUUUUAAAGAGGACACAACUAUCUCUCAGCGUGGCUGCCGGUUUCACUACGAGUCCAACCUGACGCACUACAAGAUCUACACUAAAGGCAUCUGUCUGCAGGAGUGUCGCAUCCAGCUCGCCGACAAGCUGUGCGGUUGCAUACCCCAUUUCUAUCCUAAUCCCGAUGGACCGAGGGCGAAGAAAGUGUGCCACUACAAGCAGCUGAUGAAGUGCUUUCCCCGCUACCAGAAGCUGUUCCUCGAGUUCAAGCAGGACAACAACGACAAGAAGGGUAUUCCCUGCUACUGCGAGCAGAACUGCGUAGACUCGAAGGUCAUCAUCGAGCAUCGGCAGCUCCCGCUUAUGUCCACACCGUACCUCACACUGACACCCUGGAGCACAUUAUUCUGCACCGAAAGCACGUUCCGCCGGGAUUUACGAAACACAGUGCUGUGCACUGGAAUAAUAGCCACCGGUUCACCUUCUGUGCUGCUGCAGGUUCUGAAGCAAACGCAAAAGCUCAUCGGUAGCAUCGGCGGACUGAUUGUCGUGAAGCGUUAUCCACUGGUUCGAUUCAGCCGGCAGCUUCUGUUUACUUUUACCGAUCUGUUGGUAUCGAUUGGAGGAACGGCCGGCUUUUUCCUAGGCUUCAGUGUGCUCGGUAUGGUGGAAAUACUGUACUUUUUCACUCUUCGCCUAGUGUGGUACAUAGCAGGAAGACGAUAAGUGCGUUGCGGGUGCUGGCUUAACAACUACAACACAACAAACUAAUACUCAAAACACUUCUUUACAAACUUAAAAACAAAGUUAUUAAAAGCUUAGAUUUCUGCGUGCUACUAGCUUGAAUGUGCUACUACAUUUGAAGAUUAGCUUAGUAUAACGGAUUUUACAACAGAUGGCGCCACCAUGUUCAACCGAUCCUUCAAUUUACCUA